AUGAAUUCGGCUACACAAGACGCAAUAGAAACGCUUCGGCAGCUGCAAAAACUUUCUAGGGAACUUCAACCCGUUAAAACAGCAUUAGCCGCUAUUGUUAAGCGUGAACAGGCAAAUCCUAAUCCAUCAGCAGCGGCAACAUCAUUGGAAAAAGUUGCGCUACGAGUAUCGGAAGUAUCUCGAAAGUAUAGUGCCUUUUUUGAUCGAAUGUCAUUUUUAUUGGAAUGUGAAUUACCACAACAGCAGCGAAUGACUCCUCUUUUAGAGAAUAUUAGUAAUACAGAUGGUGAAGAAAAAGAAAAAGAAGAAAGUAAUGGUAUCACUACUACUACUACUACUACUACUACUACUACUACUACUAAUGGAUGUAUGAUAAAGAAAGAAGGUACGAUAAAUUACUUUCGAUAUGUUUGCUCUCCCAAUAUUCCACAUAUUUUAAAACCUGAAAAUUUUCGUAUGGUGCAGGAAAGAAUUCAUAUAAAAAUGGAAAUUGUAAAUUAUCUCAUUGCCACAGAAAGAUUUCAACUAGCGCGUCAUAUUAUAGAAUCUUAUGGACUUCCACUUUUUUGGUUUCCUAGACUAGUGACACUAGCUCUUCCUGUUCUACCGCCUAUUCAAGGUAGUAAUCAUUCUGGUGAAGAGAAGGGAAGAAAUUCAGAGUCACCGGCAUCUAAUUUGGUCUCACCUUAUCUUGCUUUUUCUAAACCAGAAGAAUCAUGUGUAUCCUCUAAUAUUGUGGCCCCAGAACAUAUUGCUAUUCAAUGUAUUGAAGCUAAACAUUCUGUAGUAGAAGCCAUUGCGUAUUGUGAAGAACGACUUUUACCAGCAUUAGAAGGUAUGGAUGGGAUAAGACGACCAAAAAUUAAUGAACUUUUAUAUGAUCUUUUAGCAGAUCUUCAUGCUACUAGAUUACUACAAAUUUUUCGAGAUGGUCGAACAGAACAACAAGAGAUUGUUCAUUAUAUUGCCGCUCAUAUUUUACCUCACGCAACACGAAGACCUCAUUUUGCACAAACUGUUAUUAAUGCUGUUACACUUCAAAAUGAACCUUAUAGUAGAGAAAAAUCAUCUGAAGAACGAUCUAACGAUAAUAAUGGAGAUCAACGUUCUUUAGCACCUAAAAGUAAAAAUGCAACUUUACAAAAAAAAGAAGAGGCAAUGCGAUUAGUAGCUUCUAUGAUGUCAGUUGAGGGUUAUCAUAAACUUGCAGUCUCCUUCCACAGAGUAGCCAUAUUGGUAGGUUCUCAGAUUCUUUCUGUCAGUGAAGCGCUUGACCGACGACAACAAUUUGUUUCAGAAGGUGAGGGUGGAGUUACUUCUUCCUCUUGUGAUGGUGAUUGGCCACACACGCUGCCUGAUCUCGUUACCCGCAUUGUAGCCACUUCUAUUUUCCUUAAAGAUGAUUACUUUGAUCGAAUGGUACUGGAGCGAUCUACCAUUACUGGUCAACAUCCAACUCCUAUUCCCCCCAGUCAUCUCAACACACAAUCCGGUUCACCCACAUUUGAUGAGGCCGUUAUGACUGUUAUUGAAGAGGCUCUUAGUGGUCUCUCCGAUACUCGUGCACGUGGAGAAGUGAAUCGCCCUGGAGCCCCUCUCACCACAGAGGAUCUUCUUAUUGCUGGAGAGCGAUGGAGUAAUGAUGUGUUGUUUAUUAAAAGACCCACUCGCUUCUAUUGUUAUCUCACGAAAGAGUGUAUGGAUGGAGGUAGAAGUGAUAAUUAUCCCGUUGUAUUACCCAAUGGUACUGUGUUAUCAAAGUUUGCCGUAACACAGUGUCUUGUGCAGAAGGGAGAGGGAGAGAAUCAAUCAUUAAUGGUGGUAUGCCCACGAACAAAGGAAGAGUAUGCGGUCUCACAGGUGAAGAGAAUAUUUGUGACGUAA